UUAUUUUAUUAGGAAAUAGUCUGUAUCUCGCAACGAUAAAUACAGGUAACCCAACAAACUUUACAUACAUUCAAAAAUUCCACGUACGCAAAAACCACUGAAAGUUUGACCGGAGAUUUAUAUAUAAUAAAAGAUUCGCCGUAAAUGGCAGAUCGACAAAUGGCGGAGCAACUAGAGGUACCGGAAUUCCACGCCGACGUAUUGGAGACCAUCCUCUCGCACGUGCCGCUCGUCGACUUGGUGUCGGCUUCCCACGUGUCCAACUCAUGGCGCGCCGCCGUCUCCUCCUCUCUAAUCCACCACAACAAGCCGCGGCCGUGGCUGAUCCUCCACACCCAGGGCACGCGCUCUCCGUACGCCACCACCACGCAGGCGUACGAUCCACGCUCCGGCGUCUGGGUAAAACUAUCCCGGCCGUCGAUCCCGUACAUCUCCGAUCUCAAAUCCUCCCACUCCAAUUGCCUCUACAUGCUCUCCUCUUCCCGAUUUUCCUUCUCCUUCGACCCCCUGGGUUUCGAUUGGCGCCACGUGGCCGGUCCAAUUGUGUUGCGUAGGGACCCAAUCGUCGCGCGCGUGGGGCACUCCGUCGUAGUCGCCGGCGGAGGAUGCGAUUUCGAAGACGAUCCGAUGGCGGUGGAGAUUUACGAUUUGAGCACGUGCGCCUGGCACGCUUGCGACUCAAUGCCGGGAAAUCUGAGAGACACGUCGGCAUCGAUUUGGCUGUCGGUCGCCGCCACGGACGAGAAACUCAUCGUGGCCGUUAAGGAAUCCGGUUCGAUCUACUGGUUUGACCCGGUGGUGAAAUCCUGGUCCGACGCGUUUAAGCUGAGUCCGGGUCAACCCGUUCAAAGCUACAACAUCGGGUACACCAACAAUACCCUGAUAUUGGUCGGACUAUGGGAAAUUCAAAACGUUGCCAGAGUGAAGGUGUGGAGAGUCGGAGAAGAAGAAUUCGAGUGCGAAGAGAUCGGAGAAAUGCCUUCGGCGUAUGUGGAGAAGUUGAGGAGUGAAAGCUUUGGAUAUUGUUCCUUAAAUAUUCGGGUUGCUGGAAGUACCGUCUACGUGUACAACAAUACGUGGGGGGUGGAGGAGGUGGUGGCGUGCGAGUUGAUCCCCGACGGCGGGUGUAGGUGGUGGAGCGUGAAUAAUGUGGUGGCGCGUGAGGAAAGGAUUGGGGAGAGGUUAGUUUUUACGUGCGCCGAAGUCGGGAUCGACGAGUUGGGUAGAGUUAUGAGGGCGGAGAAUCGGAGGUUCGAGGUGAGUCCACCGAGUUGAAUUGGAAAUGUAUUUGUGAAAAAAUUGAAGGACAAAGUGAUGUAUAUUUUUAUUUUUACUAAAACAUUCAAAUUAUUUUACUGUAACAGUCAAAUUGUGAUUGAAUAACUGAUAAAUUUUUAAAAUUGUUGUGAAGAAAUUAUUGCAAGGUGCAAGUUUAACGAGCAAGCAUGAUUUUAUUUUGAAGAAA